UUAUUCAUUUUGCUUGCUACUAUCCUUGAUAGUAGUGUUCAGUAAGGAUUUGAACCUCAACCGUUGAUUAUACUGCAUAAAGUUUCAAACUUUAAUUCGAAGUAUAAAAAAGAUUGAGAAGAAUUUAAACAUUGUGUAAUCUUUUUGCUCUUCUUCGAUGCAUUGGGAGACCAAAUCAGUCCACUCGUAAAGUUCAGAACUUUUGUAGUUUUAUGAGUUCACGAAUCCAAAGCAUGCAGACCCAUCUUCUCUGCGAUUGAUCACAUUUCUCUGCAGUCUGUGCUUCAAAUUCCCAUCAAAAAAUGGUCAAAAAUCUCUCCCUUUUCUUUCUUCUCUUAUUACUCCCAGUCUUCCUCCGCUCUCCGGUGCGUCUGGCGGGGGCCAAGCGCUGCCCGGACUGUGGCCGCACCCCAGUCCCCUAUCCGCUCAGCACCCGGCCGGACUGCGGUGACCCGCUCUACAGAGUCCGAUGCACUGUUGGCUUGCUCUGGUUCGAGUCUUUGAAUGGCUCUUCCUAUUUGAUCACUUCUGUCAAUCCAAUCACACAGAGGCUAAUCAUCCGGCCGCCGGGGCUGGCUAAAAACACCUGCGUUUCGUCCGAUUUUGGCAGCCACGGCUUUUGGCUCGACGAUGGCCAUCCUUUCACCAUUUCCAGCAGGAAUACCGUCCUGCUCUUCAACUGUUCCGUGGAAGUCCUGGAGAAUUCUUGGAACUGUUCGCCAAAUAGCGUCUGCCACGACUUCAUUAGACAGAAUCCGGUGGAAAUGGCGCCGUGUAAGGCGUCGCCGACGUGCUGCUGGUACACAACUGGAGGAUCCAUAACGGCGUAUAAGAUCAGGGUGAGGAAGGAGCGGUGUUCCGCGUACCAAAGUUUUGUGAAUUUAAAUGGAGUUCCCGCGAAGAAGUGGCCGGAACCUGGGGUGGAGAUUCAAUGGGCGCUGCCGCGAGAGCCACCAUGCCGACUGGCCAUGGAGUGCCGGAAUUGGGAGAAUUCUGCGUGUAUGCCGGACCCUGCAAAUGCCGGCCAGAGGAGGUGCUUCUGCAAGCUACCUUUUAAGUGGAAUCCUGUAAAUGGCUCGUGUGUCACCAACAAUGUGAAAAUACAGAACAAGAGAACUCACAAGCACAAGCAUAAGAAAAUGCCUGCUGUUUUUGGAGCAAUGGCGGGAGUAAUCAUAAUGGUGAUUGGAGCUCCGACCAUGUUUAUAAUUUUCAAAAGACGACGACGGAAUCCAGAAGAGAACAAACUGAGUUCGAAGCAAGUUCGUGAAGUGAUUCUAAAUGUCAGCAGCAGUGGCAAAUCUGCGAGGAUGUUCACAACCAAAGAGAUAGCAAAGGCCACAAACAACUUCUCAAAAGAGAACUUGCUUGGCUCUGGUGGCUUUGGGGAGGUCUUCAAAGGCAACCUAGAUGAUGGGACCUUAAUAGCAGUUAAGCGUGCCAAGUUGGGUUGCACGAAGGGUAUUGAUCAAAUCCUAAACGAGGUUCGAAUUCUUUGCCAGGUGAACCAUCGAUAUCUCGUUCGUCUACUUGGGUGUUGUCUUGAACUCGAGCAACCCCUCUUAAUAUAUGAGUAUAUCUCCAACGGGAACCUAUUUGAUCACCUCCAUGGGAAUACGAGUUCAAGCAAAUGGCCACCACUGACAUUGAAUCGUCGACUCUACAUCGCACACCAAACAGCUGAGGGCCUUGCUUAUCUCCACACUUCAGCCACGGGGAGAAUCUAUCACCGUGACAUAAAAACAAGCAAUAUUCUACUAGACGAGAAACUGAAUGCUAAAGUUGCUGAUUUCGGGCUUUCUAGAUUGGCAAUGACUGAAUCAAGCCACAUUACAACUGGUGCUCAGGGAACAUUAGGUUAUCUAGACCCAGAAUAUUAUCUUAACUUUCAAUUGACGGACAAGAGUGAUGUUUAUAGUUUUGGAGUUGUCUUGUUGGAGCUGUUAACUUCUGAGAAAGCCAUUGAUUUUAAUAGAGAAGAGGAGGAUGUAAAUUUAGUAGUUUAUUUCAAGAAGAUUAUCAAAGAAGACAGAUUGAUGGAGGUUGUUGAUCCUGUGCUUAAAGAGGGAGCUAGCAGAGUAGAAAUGGAGAUAAUUAAGGCAGUAGGGUCUCUAGCAGCAGCCUGCUUGGAUGAAAAGAGGCAGAACAGGCCUGCCAUGAAAGAAGUUGCUGAUGAGCUACACAACAUUAUUACUGUUCUUAAUAGUGAUAUUCCAAAUACUGGCUAACUGUAAAUGUAUUGUUUGGAUACAGAGUUUUCUAUUUGAAAAAGAAAAAAGAAAAGAAAAAGGAAGGGAAAAAAAAAAG